AUGGCACACGGCCUCCGGUCUCUCAGAGACUCCCCGGCCGCCGCCGCCGCCCCCGAGACGCUCUCGGGACCCCGCCGGGCCCAGGCGAGGCGGCACGCAGAGGCUACCAAAAGAAAGUACCGAGCAUCCAGUGAGGCUCCCCCAGCGAAGCGGAGGAGCGCGGCGGCGUUUCUCCCAGCCAAGAAAGCUGCUGCUGAAGAAGCACAAAGGACUUUUAAGGGGAAAACAUUUUCUCCGAAUGAAUCUUUGGUUGGUGUGAGCGGUAAAAACCGAGAGCAGAAACCAUGCAUUAGGACUUCUUCGUUGUUUAAAAACAACCCCGAAAUUCCAGAGCUCCACAGACCUGUAGUAAAGCAGGUGCAAGAACAGGUGUUCACCUCAGACGCUUUUCACAAACUGGACCUCCACCCACAUUUAAUUUCCACGAUAAAUACGGUCUUAAACAUGACUAGCAUGACCAGCGUUCAGAAGCAAAGUAUUCCCGUGUUGCUGGAGGGCAGAGAUGCUCUGGUGAGGUCUCAGACGGGCUCAGGUAAAACGCUUGCCUACUGUAUCCCUGUGGUCCAGUCUCUUCAAGCAAUGAAAUCAAAAAUACAGCGCAGUGAUGGCCCCUAUGCCCUGGUGCUGGUGCCAACGAGAGAGCUGGCUCUGCAAAGCUUCAACACUGUCCAGAAACUGCUUAAGCCGUUCACCUGGAUCGUGCCUGGGGUGCUCAUGGGCGGAGAGAGGAAGAAAUCCGAAAAGGCCAGACUCCGCAAAGGAAUAAAUAUCCUUAUCUCGACUCCUGGGCGACUGGUGGAUCAUAUCAAAUCCACAAAGAACAUUCAUUUUAGUCGGAUACGGUGGCUGAUUUUGGAUGAAGCAGACAGAAUCCUGGAUUUGGGUUUUGAAAAGGACAUCACAGUGAUACUCAAUGCCGUGAAUGCCGAGUGCCAGCAACGACAAAACGUGUUGCUGUCGGCCACACUCACAGAAGGUGUGACGCGGCUGGCUGAUAUCAGCUUGCUCGAUCCGGUCCAGAUUUCUGUCCUGGAUCAGCACCACGGGCAGUCUGACCCGGAGCGAGGCACACUUCCCGAGGUUUCCCCUCUACCACCUGACGAUGAGCUGGACAGCUUUGCGAUUCCAGGAAGUCUUGAUCAGCAUGUGACGCUGGUUCCCAGCAAACUGAAGCUCGUCUCCCUGGCGGCCUUCAUCCUGCAGAAGUGCAAGUUUGAGAAAGACCAGAAGAUGAUCAUCUUUUUCUUGAGCUGUGAGCUGGUGGAGUUCUAUUACCACCUCUUCCUCCGGACCCUGCCAGCCUGCUCAGGGGCCCCCGCGUCACGGCAGCCACCAUCUGCCUCCACGAGAUUCAAAUUCCUGCGGCUGCACGGCAACAUGGAGCAGGAGGAAAGAACAGCGGUGUUUGAAGAAUUCUCACAUUCCAAGACCGGCAUCCUCCUCUGCACGGAUGUUGCAGCUCGGGGUUUGGAUCUCCCUCAAGUCACGUGGAUUGUUCAGUACAACGCUCCGUCUUCGCCUGCUGAAUACAUCCACCGGAUUGGGAGAACCGCCCGGAUUGGCUGCCGUGGGAGCAGCCUGCUCAUCUUGGCUCCUUCGGAGGCAGAAUAUGUCAACUCGUUGGCUUCUCACAAAAUCAACGUGUCUGAGAUUCACGUGGAAGACAUUUUGUCUGUUCUGACAAGGGACGGUUGUUUGAAAGGGAGCCGACGGGGAACCCAGAAAUCCCGUGCCGCUGGCCCCCAGGAAAUCCAACGGCGAGCCACGGUCUUGCAGACGGUAUUUGAAGAUUACGUGCACUCCAGUGAGAGGCGGGUCUCCUGGGCAAAGAAAGCUCUGCAGUCCUUCAUUCGAGCCUAUGCAACCUACCCCCGGGAGCUGAAGCACAUCUUCCACGUCCGAUCGCUGCACCUUGGUCAUGUGGCUAAGAGCUUUGGGCUGAGAGAUGCCCCCCAAAAUCUUGGUGUCUCGGCUGUAAAGAGAAGAAAAGGAAACCUGAACAGGCCUGACCUUCAUAAGAAGACCCGGGGUAAACACCGCCUUGCUGAAAUCUUGCGUUCAGAAUACUCAAGUGGGAUUGAGGCCAGCGUCGCCAAGGUCAAAAAGCAAAACAAACACGCGGCGCCCGGCAGCCAGCCAUGCAGAGCCAUCCGCACCGGGCGCCCAGCCUCUGCUGUGGGAAAACAGAAGCAGCGCUCUCCGUGCAACGGAAAAACCCAGAGAGACUGACUGGGGGCCGAGACUUCCCAAAAAAGUUUUUUGGUUUUUUGUUUUCAGCUCUGCCUCCACAGGCCUGGGGCUUGGGGUGGAUCCUGGAGGCCCCGAGACCUGGGCUGACGGCCCUGUUCUUGUCAGGAGCAUUGUGGGAAAGCCUGGG